AUGGGUAGCAGCGAGUUGGAAAAAUCGGGUAAAGAGAACGAACCUAAGACUCCUCCUCCGCCUUCUUCUUCUGCUCCUGUUACUUCACAGGAACCUUCUUCUUCUGCUGUGAGUGCUGGAAUGGCUACCCCAGAUUGGUCUGGUUUCCAGGCUUAUUCUCCUAUGCGGCCUCAUGGUUACGUGGCCUCAAGUCCUCAACCUCACCCUUAUAUGUGGGGAGUUCAGCAUAUGAUGCCUCCUUAUGGAACACCGCCUCAUCCAUAUGUGAUGUAUCCUCCAGGUGGGAUGUACGGUCAUCCUUCAUUACCUCCGGGAUCUUAUCCAUAUAGUCCCUAUGCAAUGCCUUCUCCUAAUGGAAUGGGUGAAGCUUCUGGAAAUACAGGAAGCGGUGUCGAGGGUGAUGGUAAACAAGCUGAGGUGAAGGAGAAGCUGCCAAUCAAAAGAUCAAAAGGAAGCUUGGGAAGUUUGAAUAUGAUAAUAGGAAAGAACAAUGACGCUGGAAAAAACUCAGGAGCAUCAGCUAAUGGAGCUUGUUCUAAAAGGCAUAGUGCUUCUGAUGGUUCAAGUGAAGGAAGUGAUGCAAAUUCACAAAACGUAAAGACUGCUCUUUUAUUUUCAGGUGAAACAGCUUCAGAUUCGGCUCAUGGACCACCCCGUAAUGGAAGUAAUCAACCUGUGAACCAGAUGGUUCCGAUUAUGCCAGUUUCGGCUACAGGUGUUACAGGCCCACCAACAAAUCUAAACAUAGGAAUGGAUUAUUGGAGCGGUCAUGGGAAUGUUUCUACAACAGUUCCUGGAGUUGUAGUAGAUGGUUCUCAAUCACAAACAUGGAUACAGGAUGAGAGAGAGCUUAAGCGACAGAGACGGAAGCAAUCCAAUAGAGAGUCUGCUCGUAGAUCCAGGCUGCGUAAACAGGCGGAAUGUGAUGAGUUGGCACAACGAGCAGAUGUGUUGAAUGGAGAAAACGCAAGCCUUAGAGCAGAAAUAAAUAAGCUUAAAAGCCAAUACGAAGAGCUUCUUGCUGAAAAUAGCUCUCUCAAGAAUCGAUUUUUGGGAGUAUCAUCACAGGAAGGAGUAAACUUGGACAAGAACGAGCAAGAACCUGAGACAAGCCCACGUCAGGAUGUUGCGGAGACCGCUCAUGGUUCCUACAACAACAAAGCAUAACCCAAGAACGGCAGCUAACAGUUCUAUGUAAUUUUAGGAACCAGAGUUUGUUUAGUAGUGUUUAUUUAAAGCCUAAUGGUGCGUUUUAUUAAGAGAAUGCUCUCUUCUUUAACAAGCGUAUAUUUUGUUUUUAGUGUUCAGAUUUUGGACCCCGUUUGUCUUAAUAAAAUGGACGUAAUUGAAUUCAGCUAUUGCGUUGGGGUCAGUGAUAGAAACGCAAAGCCAAUGCCC